AUGUUUGGCUUCAUAGCUGACAUCCUCACCUCGGUGACAUCGAUCCUCUUCCCCAUCUUCGCAUCGUACAAGGCGCUGCGCAGCUCGGACCCAGCACAGCUAGCACCAUGGCUGAUGUACUGGACCACCCUCUCACUCGCUCUCGCCGCUGAAUCUUUCCUCUACCCCAUCCUCAGCUGGGUACCUUUCUACUCCUGGAUCCGCCUCGGCGCUCACCUCUAUCUCGUUCUCCCUGGCCAACAAGGCAGCGUCUUCGUCUACCAAAACUACAUCCAUCCCUUCCUUUACGAGCACGAGCGCGAAAUCGACCGCUUCAUCUCAAACAGCCAUGAAAAAGCAAAGCAAGCUGGCCUGCAAUACCUCAAGCAAGGUAUCGAAUGGGUCAAGGUUAAUCUCAUGGGCAUGCAACCUCGUCGUCCCACUCCGCCCGCCAGCAGACAAGUGAGCUACAGUCAAGCCCUGUACAACCGCUUUGUCAUGCCCUCAGCCCGUCCUGAAGGCUACACCGGUCCCGGAUCCGCACAAUCUGCUCCCGGCGCCAACGAUCUCAUCUCCAUGCUCGGCAACGUGAUGGCUCAAGCCUCCGGCCCAGCAGGAUCCUCUCGCUCCCGCGACGCACAAGCAGAAGACCUCAGCGCCAGUGGCAACCUCGUUCCUCCACACAUGUCCGGCGACGAACGCACUGCCUUCAUCUCCACUCAGAAAGACCGCUUGCGUACACUUCUCCAGGCCUUCGACAACGAAGCUUCUCGCGAACACACUGCUCCCUCUUCACCACCUUACCCCACCAACGAUGGCCCGGGCCCCAACUAUCAAGACUACUUGAAGCCUGUUGCUGAGGGUUUGUUGAACAGAAGUAGAAGUGAGCAGGAAUUUGAGGAUCUGGGCUAUGAGCACGUUCCCAAGGCUGGAAGUAACAAGCCCAGUCCUAGAUUGGGAGACAGAAGUGCCAGUUGGAGUAAGUGGGUUUGGGGUAAUUAUGGAGAGAAGGAUUCGGCUGCUGGACAGAAGAAGAAUGAUUGA